CACUCUCUAGUUAGUUAGCAGCAGCAGCAGCAGCAGGUGAUGACAAUAAUGCACUCGCACUCGCACUCGCACCCAUACCCAUACCGCCUGAUGAGCAACACAGUCAUCGGGUACCUCAACCUGGUGACGCUCCUUGCCUCCAUCCCCAUCAUCGGCGCAGGGCUGUGGCUGGCGCACGGCUCGGCGGCGACGUGCGAAUCCGCGCUGCAGGCGCCGCUCCUGGCCAUCGGAUUCAUCGUCCUCCUCGUCUCCCUAGCCGGCUUCAUCGGCGCCUGCUACCAUGUGACAUGGGCGCUGUGGCUGUACCUCCUGGCCAUGCUGCUGCUCGUCGUCGCCCUGCUGGGGAUCACCGUCUUCGGCAUGGCCGUCACGGCGGGCGGCGGCGGCAGGCAAGUGCCUGGCAGGCCCUACCAGGAGUUCCGGAUCAGAGAUUACUCGGCCUGGCUGCAGAAGCGCGUCCAGGUCGACCGCUACUGGCGGCCGGCGCUGGCAUGCGUGGUCGGGUCCGGGGCGUGCCCCAGGAUCGCGGCUUGGACGCCCAUGGAUUACCGGCAGCAUAGCCUGACGCCAAUACAGUCGGGGUGCUGCAAGCCACCGACGUCUUGCACGUACGACCAAGGCGGCGUGCCCGUGGAGGCGCAGGCGCAGGACGAGGAGGACUGCUACCGGUGGAACAACGCCCCCGGCAUCCUGUGCUACCAGUGCGACUCGUGCAAGGCCGGAGUGCUGGAGCAGGUGCGGCGAGGCUGGCACAACAUCACCAUCCUCAACGCCAUCGUCCUCGUUGUGCUCAUCACCGUCUACUCCUGUGGCUGCUGUGCUUUCCGCAAUGCCCGCCGUGCCGAGUACCCCACCAACCGCAUGUCAAAUAUGAAUCCACGAUGGGAUUACUUCUGGUCACGGUGGUGGAAUGGCCAAAGAGAGCAGCUGUAUUAGUUAGGGAGGGCAUCAUAUCUAAUGAUAGUAGGAGUAUAUUAAUAUAUAUAGUUGAGGUUUCAGCAGCAAGCCCUUUUUUUUUCUCAAUGCACGCAUUCCUAUAUACACUAGUAGAGUGUACGUGCGCCGCACGUGUUAAAAAAAACCGUCACCAUGGCACC